UGCUAUUUGUCUUCGAAUGUUUCGUCUCGAAACGGAUAAGUGCAUUGAACGCUUUGGGAGAUGCCUAGCUUCGAGAGUCUGCGAUUAGCGUCGAGCCAAACCACUCUCUUUAGCCAUGAGUGACGACGGAGAUUCGCGUCUCGAGACGUUCCUGGCAGUAGUGGAGAAGUUCGAGAUCGAUCUGGAUGAUCCCGUAGAAACAACGGAGGAAUUCCAGGAUCUUGAAGAGCUCGACUUGUCAGAGAAAGGUUUAACUGAACUACCUGGAGACUUGGUACUUGCGCUACCACCCAAUUUGAAGACGUUGGCGUUGGAGAAGAAUGGACUCAUCCAGUUACCUGCAAGCUUCGGUAGUGAUGCAGCCUCUACGGCUGCGUGGGGACAACUUACAGAGCUUUACCUUCGUGACAACGAGCUUACGGAACUCCCAGCUGCUAUUGGUGAACUCUCGAAACUUGAGAGUUUGUAUCUUGAAGACAACAAGCUGACGAGUGAUGGCAUCCCCAACGAGAUCGCCCAGUUAUCCAGCACUUUGGCUGGGCUUUGCCUACAUCGCAACUUGAUCACGUCAUUUCCGGUGAGUCUGUGCCAGCUUUUUCAGCUUGAAGAACUGUAUCUAGACGACAAUGCGCUCGAGUCGCUACCAGAAGAAUUAGGUAUGCUAACGAACCUCAAAGAGCUCGAUAUUCUUGGAAACAAGCUCACCACAUUGCCGGAUUCCUUCAAGAACUUACAUAAGCUGGAAAUUCUACAUGCCGAACGCAACCAGUUGGUCAAACUACCCAAGCACUUGGGUGAGCUCCAGUCACUACGGAAGGUCUAUCUGCAAAACAAUUGUCUGACCAAAUUGCACGCAUCACUCGGUCGCUGCAUGAAGCUCGAGGUCAUCAACAUCGAGGACAAUAAUCUUGCCAAAGUUGCAAAAAGAAUCGGUGAUCUGCCCAAGCUGAAGCAUCUGCUACUUGCAAACAACAACAUCACGGAGUUACCGUUCAAUCCUGUUGAGAAGAAUCCGAAUUUGCGUCGACUUACACUGAAGGGCAAUCAACUAUCUCCAGAGAUUCUAGAACUUGAGAAACAAGUGGCGAUGGCAAAGGUGACGGAGGAGGAGGAAAAUGAGGACUAGACAUGACGUAAUUGCAUAAUACAUCGUCAUUGCU